AUGACGUGGACCUGCACGGCGUGCGAGUUCACGGCCAACGAAGAUGGCCAAGAGGCGUGCGUGGCCUGUGGCUCGGAGCGGCCGGAAGAGGAAGAGCCGCCGCUCGCGUUGGCCGCGGAUCCGACCGCCGAGAGCCCUAGCGACGACGCUGUCGUGCCAGAGGUUGUGGUGAUUGAGCUGCCGGCCAAGGAGAAGCUCGGGGUGAAGCUCAUGCCGCCCAAAGACGGCGUGAUCCACCACGGGCUGGCGAUCGACAACAUUAACAAUCCGCUGCUGGAGAACAAAGUGCAGGCCGGUGACCUGAUCGUCGCCAUUGGCGGCCAGAACGUGGACGGCAUGGGGUUCUCAGACGCCAUUGAUCUGAUCCGGAAGAUGCCGCGGCCGCUGGCGAUUUCGUUUGAGAUUGACGAAGUGCGUCGACAAGAAGUCGUGCGGGAGAAGUUCCAGCUGAACAAGGACGACGACCUGGACACGCAGCUGACGACGUACGCCGUCGUGUUUGACAAUGGGCCCAUGGGACUGAACCUCGAAGAAGCUGUGCGGUACGGCAUUGACGGCGCCGUGGUGCGCGCGCUCAAGGGCCAAGCCAAGACGAGCGGCAUGAUUACGAUUGGCGACAUUGUGUACAAGGUGAACGAGACGGACGUGCUGUGUAUGCCGUACCUGGAGGUGAUGAACGUCCUGCGCAACGCCACGGCCCCCAAGACGUUGCAGUUUGUGCCGAAAGACAAGCUGGCGGAUGUCCAGCGUGUGAAUUCGCGCCACUCAGAGUCGUUCCGACUUCGAGAGUCGACGUCGAACGUGAAACAAAAGCUGAUGAACAACCCACGCAUUGUCAAGGACGAUGGCAACGACGGGGACGACAAUCAGUCGAUUGCACAGCUGAUUCUCGAUAACAAAGCAGCGACGAUCAAGAAGGGACGUAUGUACAAACAGGGACGUGUGAUGCGCAACUGGAAGUCACGGUACUUUGUGCUGAGUGUGUCGAAAGUAGAGUAUUUCAAGAGUCCGAGCUCGACGGCAGCACGUGGCGAAAUGAGUUUCCUCGAUCACCGAUGUACCGUGCGGUCACUACCUCGAACGGGCGACGUGGUGUGCCGAUCGCCAAACGUGACAGCAGAGUAUUUGCUCGAGCUCCGUGUAGAUGAUCGUCGCAUGGUCAUGGCCUGUACGUCGGAGUCGGACAAGAAAGGCUGGAUGGAUGCGAUCAAGUUGGCUAUCGAUGCCUCCAAGACAGUCAAUCGCACCCAGAGUCUUGGGGAGUCGCUACGCGAGGCCAAAGCUUUACGUACGCACCGCACUGAGAGUGUUUCCAUGGACGGGACAUUCUUGGACCGCAAUGCCGGUGGACGCCUGUCGCAGUUCAAUUACGACGCGUUUUCGACCCCUGUCAUCCACGUCGGUGUUUUAUCUGCGACAAACCUGACAAAGUCCGGCAGUUCUGUGAACGCGCUUUGUGAGGUCACGGUAGGCGCAGAGACGUUUAAGACUUCGGUGGUGAAGAAUCAGCGCUCGCCUGUAUGGAAGCAGGACAAUUCUGCUUCAUUCGAAGUCCCGAGCGAUGAGAUGGUGGUAGAGGUCCGCAUUUUCAACGAGCACUUGUUCCGCACAACUGAGCUCAUCGCGACACUUUCGAUUCCGUUGAAGUCGCUGCCGAACAUGCAAAAGACGGCAAAGAAAUACCCACUGGCACUCGGCAGCCGUUCCGCCGGCGCGGUGCUGACCUUGUCACUGGAGUACGUGAACAAACAAAAGGCUUAUGAAGAAGACCAAGAGCGUGGCCGUCUCGGUCAUGACCUAGACAACAACGGCAUGAUGAAUGAGCGUGACGAAAUGGUCAAGAUCAAGGCCGAGGCUCAGAUGGCUGCUGAUGAAGCUACACAUCACGCUGCUCGAGCCCAGGAAGAAGCACACAUGCUGCUCGAGCAAUCCCGACAGAAGGCAGAAGCAGCUAUGGCAGCAGCUCGCGAAGAGCAGCGUGAAGGCAAGGCCGCUGUGGAGAAGGCCAUGGCAGAAGCAGCUCGCGCAAAAGAAGAAGCAGAAAAGCAGCUUGCGGAAGCCAGGCGAGCACAGGAAGAGGCUCAAAAGCUGAUCGAAGCAAACCGUCGUAUUCAGGAGUCUGACGUCCAGGGACCGUCGAUUUAUGGUGCGUACCGGCGCAUGAUCCAAGACGGAGAGUCAAAUGAGACCGUCAAGAAGAAAAUGCAAGAGGAUGGCGUUGAUGAGAUGGGUAUCCAGGCAUUCUUUGACGGCAUCAACGCGUACGACGAGAAGAUUCGAGCGUUACAGGCAGAAGUGGAAAAACUGAAGCGAAACCGUUCCGGUCGACAGAAAGAGGAGCCGAGAGCACAGGAUAUGCUAGCCAACCUGGAUAUCUCUAGCGACCAAGUGAAGUUGCUCCGUCGCCUACUGAAGCUGGAGAAGCAGUUGCAACAAGCUGGUAUUGCUGUUGCUGCCGACAUUCCUUACGAAGAAGCCAUGGCAAAGGUGCAAGAGAUCUCUAGGCGAAUGCAAGAGAUUGGUUCUGCUGAUGUGACGCAUCCGGAUCCAGCAAUCCAGAAGCAGCUUCGUGAAGAAUACUACCGCUUGGAGCAGGAUAUGGAGAAGUACAACACUGCCCUGAUGCUGACCGACGAGUAUGCCGCAGAAGAAGCGCGAAAGGAGCGUGAGUGGGAGGAGGAAAACUACGAAGAGAACGUAAAGGCCCUGAAGGCUGUACGGCGGAUGAUGCCGGUUGACGUGAAGAAGAUGUCGGAAGCUGAUUUGCAGACAGUGAAAUCACCGAACGGCAGGGUACUUCCUCGUGAAGUAGCUCGCAAGUUCAAGCGAACGAAUGUCCUGGAACUGAUUCGUAUGGACCCAGCAGACAUUGCAAAGAAUCACCCUUCGCUUCUGGAGAAUCUCCGUGUGACUGGUCUGACAGUGACUGAACGCCGGGCGAUGCACAUGCACUUGCGCGAUGUAGCAAAGACCUGGAAGACCCAACAGGGUGAAGAAAUGACGAAGAAGAAGUACGAGUGGUUCAAGGCGCUCAAAGAGACGUUCAAGACCGUUGUGAACUCAUACAACAAACACGUGAAGCAGUACGGGCCAGAGGACAACCAUCCGUAUGCCACGCGCGACGACCCGGACAUUGGCUGCCCCAUGAUUGGCAAGCAAUGCCCGAUCAAGGCAAACAAAAACCCUGCAUACGACCAGGACCUCGGCUAUCCCGACGGCGACGUGUACAUGGAAUCGACGGUACAAAAGGGCAACCCCGACGAUGCUGGUGCGCGAGCUUUGGCAGAAGCGCAAGAACUGGCUCGAGCAAAGCUUGCUAACUCGCGCGCUGACGCAUUGAAAAAGCAUUACCGCAACGUGCGAAUGGUGGCUGAAGCCAAUGGUGCAUGCGAGUUAAUCGACACAUCGCUGGAUCAAAUAGAGAAUCGACAGUUGCAGUGGUUCCAAGCUAGACUGAAGCGCCGGCUCGAGCGAACCGAGACUGCGGCCACAAUCAAGAUGGAGCUGGCCGAGUUUGGUGAAGUAGUGAACGAGAUCCGUUUGGUGAGUCUGAAGUUCGCCGAGCGGUCGGGCAUGAACCUGUCCGGCAAGCGGAAUGUGGCGCUUGAUGCCAAAGAUACGCGUUCCUGUAUUGAAUGCAACCUGAUCUUGAUGUACUGCGAAGCGGUGGUGGACUGUUUCGACGGUAUGGAUGAGCGCAUGGAUGAGGUGAAAGCAAGCGACAAGCGCUUGCGAUCGGCGAUUCCCGUCAUUCGGGGGUUGAUGAAGGAUCUGGGCGAAAAGAGUCAAAACACGCUCGACUCGAUGAAGGACAAGGGUCCACCGAUGACUCGUCGCGUGAAGACGCGAGUGGAGAUCAUGAAGGAAGCAAAGGAGAAGAACAAGAGUGAGGCGCCGCCGCCGGCCGAAACGAAACCGGCCGAGGAAGCGCCUGGCCCCAGUCGGGCGCCGCAUCCGCUGAUGGCUGGCCGAGGGAGGGGACGUAGUGGUCGCGGUGGCGGUCGUGACAACCUGUUUGCAGCGCUCAAGGGACGCGGCGGCGGUGGCGACGAUGGCGACAAUCCGCCAGGCCCGCCUGUCAACUUUCUGGCGUCCAUUCGCGGUCGUGGCCGCGGUGCUCCGGGUGGUCCAGGGCGUGGCGAUUUGUUUUCUGCCAUCAAGGGACGUGGUGGCGGUGACGGUGACGGUGGCGGUGGGCCACGAGGUGGUCUCAUGGCUGCUAUUGCUGCGCGAAAGAAGGAGUAG